AUGUCUUCCUCAAAGCUCCGGUCUACUAUGCCACUUCGACCCAAAAGCGGACAGAUUAGAAGAAAAGCUUUAAACGACCUGGCGAGAGAUAAAAAAGAGAACAAAAGAAUCGAGAUAUUGAAUGAAUUAAGAGCUGAUAAAGCGCGUUUCCUAAAAGAAGACGCUCGUUAUCCUCGCAUUUUACGUUUAAAAGCUUCUCUUCAAUCGUUGCGUGAAACUAAGACGUUCGUCACAAGUCACAGAGAAGAAAACAUUGAUGGAUCAUUUAAUCAACACCUUCUAUCUGUCUAUUCAGAACUCACUUCUUCUCUUCAAGAGAACUUCAAUACCUUGAUUCUCAUAAGAAGAAAAAGAGGUGCACUUCGCGCUUCACUUCUCCAUCAUUCUCUUCGAAAACUUGAAUGGAUGAUUUCAAAUCUGGUUUUUCUAAAUAGUGAAAGAAUCAUCACACUUCUCGAUGAUUGUGCUAUAGGCUAUGAAGAUCUCAUUUCAGAACUCACUGCUUCUUUGGUAGAGGACCAGUUUGACGAUAAUAGAGAGAAACAUGAAGUCUUCUUAAGUUUCAGAGGAGUUGACACACGUGCAUCUUUCAUUUCACAUCUCCGUGCUUCUCUUCAAAACGAUGGAAUCUCCGUUUUCAUAGAUGAUGAUUCGCUUCAGAGAGGAGAUCACAUUGCAACCUCACUACUGCAAGCAAUUGAAGACUCUCGGAUCUCUGUGAUUGUUUUUUCAAGAAAUUAUGCAGAUUCGAGAUGGUGUUUGGAAGAAUUGGUGAAAAUAAUGAAGUGUCGCAGAACCGUAGGGCAAGUGGUGCUUCCAGUGUUCUAUGAUGUAGAUCCAUCUGAAGUUCGUCACCAAACUGGUGAGUUUGGAGAAGCAUUUCAAACUCUUUUGAAUAGGAUUUCAAAGGGCAACAAAAAAAAGUCUUUGAAAUGGAGAGAAGCACUUCGUCAAGCGGCUGGCCUUGCUGGUUUCGUGGUUCUAGAUUCAAGGAAUGAAAGGGAGGCUAUCAAUCAUAUUGUUGAAAAAGUUACUCUUUUGCUUGACAAAACACAGUUGUUUGUUGCUGAUAAUCCAGUGGGAGUUGAAUCACGAGUGCAAGAAAUAAUUCGGCAGCUAGACAUCCAACAAUCAAAUAAUGUUCUACUUCUAGGGAUGUGGGGUAUGGGGGGAACCGGUAAAACAACCAUUGCGAGAGCCAUUUACAACAAAUUUGGCUGCAAUUUUGAAGGUAGGAGUUUCAUUGCAAAUAUUAGGGAAACUUGGGAAGGAACUACUGGAAAAGUGUCUUUACAAGAACAACUUCUGUUUGAUAUCUUCAAAGAAACAAAAAUCAAGAUACAAAGCAUUGAGUCUGGGAAAACUACAUUGAAGGAUAAGCUCUCUCGUAAAAGAAUACUUCUUAUACUUGAUGAUGUGAAUAGUUUGGACCAACUAAAAGCUUUGUGUGGAAGUCGUGAAUGGUUUGGUUCUGGGAGUAGAAUAAUAAUCACAACCAGAGAUAAAGAUAUGCUUAGAGGGCUAAGCGUUGACAAAGUUCACACAAUGAAAGAAAUGGAUGAAAAUGAAUCAAUUGAGCUUUUUAGUUUGAAUGCAUUCAAGCAACCUAGUCCCAGAAAACAAUUUGCCGAAAUUUCUAGAGAAAUUGUUGAGUACUGUGGGGGAUUGCCACUAGCUUUAGAAGUCCUCGGUUCCUAUUUGUUUGACAGGGGACUAUCAGAUUGGAAAAGUGUAUUGGAGAAAAUAAAAAUAAUUCCCAAUGAUCAAGUACAACAGAAGUUAAAAAUCAGCUAUGAUGGUUUAAAUGACGAUACUGAGAAAGAAAUAUUUCUUGACAUAGCUUGUUUCUUUAUUGGAAUGGACCGAAAUGAUGUGAUACAAAUAUUAAAUCCAUGUGGACUUUUUGCAGAAAUUGGAAUAAGUGUGCUUGUUGAGCGAAGCCUGGUAACUGUUGAUGAUAAGAACAAGCUUGGAAUGCAUGAUUUGUUACGAGAUAUGGGAAGAGAAAUCAUUCGUGAAAAAUCACCAAAAAAGCCUGAGGAGCGUAGUAGGUUAUGGUUUCAUCAGGAUGUUCUCGAUGUUUUAUCUGAUCGAAAUGGAACAAAUGUUGUUGAAGGACUAGCUUUGAAGUUUCCAAUAGCUAAUUCAGAAUGUUUUAGCACUAAAGCAUUUAAGAAGAUGAAGAAACUCAGAUUGCUUCAACUUGUUGGAGUAGAACUUGAUGGAGAUUUUGACUAUCUUUCCAGAAAUUUAAGAUGGCUAUGUUGGAAUGGAUUUCCUUUAACAUGCCUACCUUCAAAUUUUUAUCAAGGAAAAUUAGUUUCCAUAGAGUUAGAAAACAGUAAUAUGAGAUUUGUGUGGAAAGAGGCCCAGAGAAUGGAGAUGCUGAAAAUCUUAAACCUUAGUCAUUCUCAUUAUUUGACGCAAACUCCAGACUUCUCAAAUUUGCCUAAUCUUGAAAAGCUAAUACUUGUAGAUUGUCCAAUGUUAUCUGAGGUUUCCAAGAGCAUUGGAGAUCUCAAGAAAAUUCUUCUAAUAAAUUUGGAAGACUGUAUUAGCCUAUCUAAUCUUCCAAGAAGCAUUUAUAAGUUGACAUCUCUUAAAACUCUAAUUCUCUCAGGGUGUUUAAUGAUUGACACAUUGGAAGAGGACAUAGAACAAAUGAAAUCUUUAACGACUCUGAUUGCAAAUAACACUGGAAUAACAAGAGUUCCAUUUUCUAUUGUGAAAUCAAAAAGCAUUGGCUACAUUUGUUUGUGCGGCUAUGAAGGUUUCUCACGGGAUGUGUUUCCAGCUAUCAUUUCGUCUUGGAUAUCUCCAACAAAUAAUCUUACAUCACAAUUUCAAACUUCUAUUAUGUCAUCUCUUGCUUCUUUAGAUGUACCACAUAGUAGUUCCCAGGAGCUAUCAUCGAUUUCCAAGUACCUUCCAAGUCUCAGAAGUCUUUGGGUGGAAUGCAGCUCAGAAGAUCGGCUUUCUCUUGAUACAACAAUAAUUUUAGAGGCAUUAUAUGCCAUAAAUUCUCGAGAAUUGGAACCAAUGGCAACCACAUCACAAGUAUCAAAAAAUUCCUUGAAAUCUCUUUUCAUUCAACUGGGAAUGAAUUGCCAAGUUGCCAAUAUUCUGAAAGAGAAAGUUUUACAGUAUAUGACUGGCGAUGAGAGCGGUGGUUGUGUGCUUCUGGGUGAUAAUUAUCCCGAUUGGUUAAGCUUCAAUUGUGAUGGUUCUUCGGUAACUUUUGAAGUUCCUCAAGUAGAAGGGCAUAACUUGAAGUCAAUGAUCUGCAUUGCCGAUUCAUCAACUCCGGAUAACAUAACAUCGGAUGGUCUUAAAAAUGUGUUAGUGAAAAAUUACACAAAGGCCACCAUUCAGCUCUAUAAGAAAGAGACAUUAGCUUCCUUUAAGGAUGAGGAGGGGGAGAGAGUAGUAUCAAGUAUAGAUCCUGGAGACAGAGUGGAAGUUGUUGUUGUUUUUGGGAAUGGUUUCAUUGCGAAGCAAACUACAGUUUAUCUCGUAUAUGAUGAACCGAUGGGAGAAAAAAGGGAACAAUGGGAAGCACCAGAAGAAAAUACGGUUGCUUGUAGUGUUGAUGAAAAUGAAAUCAUACUAUGCGAAGCACUAGAAGAAAAUAUGGUUGCUUGUAGUGUUGAUGAAAAUGAAAGAAUACAAUGCGAAGCACCAGAAGGAAAUAUGGUUUCUUGUAGUGUUGAUGAAAAUGAACGCAUACUAUGCGAAGCACCAGAAGGAAAUACUAUUUCUUCUAGUGCUGAUGAAAAUGAAAGCAUACAAUGCGAAGCACCAGAAGAAAAUGCGGUUUCUUGUAGUGUUGAUGAAAAUGAAAGCAUACAAUGUGAAGCACCAGAAGAAAAUGCGGUUUCUUGUAGUGUUGAUGAAAAUGAAAGCAUACAAUGCGAAGCACCAGAAGAAAACACUAUUGCUGGUAGUGCUGAUGAAAAUGAAAGCAUACAAUGUGAAACACCAGAAGAAAACACUAUUGCUGGUAGUGCUGAUGAAAAAGAAAGCAUACAAUGCGAAGCACCAGAAGAAAAAACUAAUGCUUGUAGUGCUGAUGAAAAUGAAAGCAUGGUCAGGACAAGCUCUCCACAAGUGGAACUCGUGAAAGAAAAUGUUGUCACUGAUAAUUGUUGUGGAUUUGUCGAGAAUGGUUUUAGACAGUGGAUUACAAAUUUUAUGUGUAGAUUAGUGGAGUGUUGGAGAUAG